CACUGUGCAGUACAUUGAUUGAAAUUGAAGUUCAAAAUUAAAAUACAUGAAAUGAUGAAACGGUUUCGAAAUUUGUAGAAAAAGAGAACUAAUUAAGAACUAAGCGAGGAAGUACCCAUCCGCAGACGUAAACAUAGACUGAUGUAUGCAUAUAUUCAUGUGUGUAAAUAUAUAUAAAACGUUUCUAACAAACACGAGGCACGUCGAAAUCUGAUUGUGAUUUCGGCCCCCUGUGACUUGUCGGUUCCCGAAUAAUCCCCAUAAUCUGGAUACUCCAGUCCCGGUUCCAGUUCCCUUAUCCAACCAUGUCCAUUGCCGAUAAACGCGCUUCCUUCGCGCGCCGCGCCGAAAGUCUGGUGGAGCGGGUGAGAGUUAUGAAUACCAUUUACGAGAAAUACAAUAUCAGCACUGAGAAAUGCGGGGAUCUGACUGUUAUAGUGCAGGGCGACCUGUCGCAACAGGAGAAGCGUGCCGUAUUCAUCACGGUCCACGACCUGGGCUGCAACCACAAUUCCUUCCAGGAGUUCGUGAGCAGCCCCUGCAUGACGGAGAUCAAGGAGCGCUCCUGCUUCAUCCACGUGGAUGUGCCCGGUCACGCGGACAACGCCGACGCCCUGGCCGACGGCUUCCCGUUUCCCUCGCUCCAGGCUCUGGGCGAGGACCUGGUUACCGUGCUGGACUACCUGCACGUCAAGUACGUGAUUGGCCUCGGCGAGGGAGCGGGCGCCAAUGUACUGGCCCGCUUCGGACUGGCCCAUCCCAGCCGGGCGCUGGGUCUCAUCCUGAUCAACGCCACGGGCAGUGCCGCCAGCGUGGUGCAGUCCUUUAAGAACAAGUUCAUUAGCUGGAAAAGCGACGAGGUGGCCCAGUCGGCUGAGAGCUUUCUGAUGUACCACAAGUUCGGACAUGUUAUGGAGCAAAUCGUGGGCGAGAAUCCGGACAAGGACAAGAUUGUAGCCGAGUACCAGAAGCGUCUGCACCGAUCCCUAAACAGCAAGAACAUCGGUCUCUAUGUCAAAGCAUUUAUGAAUCGCAAGGACCUCACGCUCAAAGGCUGCAAAGUGGACGUCAUCCUUAUCACAGGCAUGCUGAGUCCCUAUGCCUCAAUGGUCGAGAAACUGCACCGCGAUGUGGAGAAGGAAAGGGUUACUAUACUGAAGAUCGAGAGGGCUGGAGAUGUUCUAGCUGAUGCUCCCGGUAAGGUGGCCCAAUCCAUACUGCUGUUCUGCAAGGGACAGGGUCUGCUCACUUCGGUGGUGAUGCCAGGAGUAGAUCGCGGUCGCGCCUUCUCCACCGCCAGCUCUGGAUCCUUCGAGGGCGCUAACGGAUCGCGGCGCUUGUCGCGUGGCAUCUCGAUGGAGGACUACGACAAGCCCAACAUCCGCCGACUCAGCAUCAUGAAUACCAAGCACAUCUUCGCCUUCAAUAGCGUCUACAUGGACGCCCCCCCGCCUACGAAGCCUCCGAGGGGAGUGAAGUACGGCAAGGAUGAGUCCGCAGGAUGUGGCUUUCUGGUCAACGUCAUCAAGUCCCUGGGAUUCAGCGAGACCACAGAGGAGCGCCAGAAGGAGAAGCAGAAGAUCGAGCAGGAGUUCAAGCGCUCGGACCUGCGGCUGAACGAGUUGGUGUCGCGUCACGACCAGCAGCUUACCCAGGUGCUGCCCCUGUUCAGCCAGGUGUCCUCGGAGGUGACGGCCAGCCGGGAGCGGAUCCAUGCCGUCAAGGAAAACCUCGGGGUCUGCAAACGGCUGCUCCAGUGCCGGCGCGAUGAGCUCAGGAAGAUGUGGACGGACGCAGUGCAGCACAAGUACGUGCUGGAGAUGCUGGAGCAAAUUCAGGAACUGCGCAAAGUGCCUCAGCGGGUGGUAGGUUACACCGCCAAGCGGCAGUAUCUGCAUGCCAGCAAGGCCUUGACCAAUGCCCUGGCCACUCUCAAUGGACCACUGCAGGCCGUGGAGGGUUUGUCCGACCUGCGGACCGACCUGCAAACCCGUCGCCAGCAGCUCUAUCAGCGGCUGCACGAGGAACUGGUCACCCAGGUGUACACUAACUCUGCCAACGAGGCCCUCUCCUCGUUCCAGCGCAGCAACUCCAGCCGUUUGAAUUCCAGUUUCACCAGGGGAAUAGGGGCCCGCCGCUCCACGGAUCGCAUCGAGGCCAAUGCUCGAGUGCGCAAAGCGCUGGCCGAAAUUACCCAGAACUUUGAUUUGGACAAGGCCGAGGUCAUUGAAGACGCUGAUCUCAUUUACCCAGAGCUGAGCAUGAGCUACUUCGUUGCCAUCAUUGUGGAGUCGUUCGGAAUGCUGCACAAGGUGCCCGACUCGCUGGAGACGCUGCGCGUCCAGAUCCAAACAGAGCUACUCAACGUGGUGCGGCACACAACGCAUCAACUGUCUCUAAGUGGAGCAACUGCGGAGGGUAAUCCGCUCCUCACACUUUUGGAGAUCAUAUUCAAGCAGUUCAAGGCCAUCGCCAAGACGCAUACUUUGCUGCUCAAGAACUACUUGUCGGUGGGCCAGAAGUACUCAGUGGUUGGGCCCCAACCCUACGACCUCACGGACUUUUGGGCCCAAGCGCAGUCAGUGUUUCAACUGCUGCUCACCGACUAUUUGGAUAUACAAAAUGCUGCCUCGGAUGAAAGUGCCCAGACGGGCUUUUCAGAGCCUACCAGCAACAUAAAUUCCUAUUUCUUAAGGCGCAAGGUGGCAAGCACCAAGCGCUCAAUGUUCAAGUUCGACAAGUCCUCGCAUGUUGGCAGUAGCGGCAAUAGCGACUCCUUUAAGGAGCAUCGUCGCAAUGCUUCGGAUGCUUCCGUGGAAGAUAAUCUGGGCGCCCAACUCGGAGGCAGCGGAAAGGGUUCCACCAGCGGCCUAUUUCCCCACGAAAAGAAACAGCGGGAGAAGUUGUUGAUCUGUACGCCUGAUCAAAAUAUCAUAACCAAAGUGUAUCUACCUCUAAUGGGAUAUAUCAAGGAGAUAGAAAACUUUAUGAAGUGCAAGCCAGGUCAACCCUGCAGUCUACAUGACUUUUUAGACAACUACAUUAAGGACACAUUCCUAUCCAAGGGCCACAAUCGCAACCUGCAGCUGACCAUAGAGUCGUUGUCAAAGAAUCAAGAUGCGUGGCGCACUAUUAUCAGUCCUGAGGAAAUAAAAGCUCUAAACCUGAGCAGACCUUUGCUGCAGUCCACUGUGAUGGUCGAACGGAGGCUAAUGGAAACUAAGAGCCUCAUCCAAGACCUGCCUUGCUACUCUGAGGACCUGCUUAAAAUGGUGUGUGCUCUGCUAAAGGCCUAUCGUGAGAUUUGCCAGGCAGCAUAUCGGGGAAUCGUGCAGCCGGAUUCCGAGGACAAGAGGAUUUACAGUGUGGCCUGGCUAAAAGAUGAAGAUAUCAGCAGAUUUUUAAAAACGCUUCCCAACUGGACGGACUUGAAGACCUCCAGUCAGAAAUCGCGUCAUAACCGGAAGCUCCAUCGAGGAAGCUUUGAGCCGUCGGAGGAGGAAAGUCCGUUGCAGGUGCAGCAGCGCAACAUUCGCGAGGCCGAGAUGCUGACCAGUAAUUUGGGUGAGGGUGGCAUCACCCAGCAAGAGAUUUUGGUCGAGAUCAGCGUGCUUAAGGAGCUGGCAAUACUUCAGGAAAGCAUGGAGUGGUUCUCAUGCCGCGUCUCUGAGUUUGCCAACGACUUGCGCCGACCGAUGAUAAACGGACUGAACUCUGUUGCCGCUGAGUGCAGCGCCGACAUCGCCGUUAAGGAUGGCACAAUUAAAGUCAUGACUAACCUGGCACUGGAGUUCGAUGAGCUGGCGAACACCUGUCUGCUGGUCUUGCAUCUGGAGGUGCGCGUUCAGUGCUUCCACUACCUACGCUCGAAGUCGAGUGUGAGAAGCAACAGCUAUGUGGGUUCCAAGGAUGACAUCCUGGAGCCAGACCGUCAGGUGCAAUUAUUGACCAAGCGGCUGUCGGAAAUGGAUGAGGCGUUUAGUGCCACUCUCCAUCCAAGAAAGACCAGGUACAUUUUCGAGGGUCUGGCUCACUUGGCAUCGCGCAUUCUUAUUCAGGCCUCAAAUUAUCUGGAGCACAUCGACCAAAUAACUGUCCAGCGCAUGUGCAGGAAUUCGAUCGCACUUCAGCAGACGCUGAGUAAUAUAACCGCAUCCAGAGAGGUGGCGUUGGAUCAGGCCAAGCACUUCUAUGAGCUGCUUUGCAUGGAGCCGGAUGAAAUACUCAACGCGUUGCUGGAACGGGGCACACAGUUCUCAGAGAUGCAGUUGCUCAACGCCCUGCAAUUGUCGUGCAAGUCCUUCGGCAUAACAGACGCCAAUCUCUUGGCUUCCUAUCAGCAAAAGCUUUCGGACAUACUGGGCGCCAAGCCCUCCAAAGGUGUUGUUGUGUGAUUAUCGUUACAACCAGAGGAGUAACCAAUUUUAAUACCCAUUCGUUUGUGUACAUCGGCAUUAGGUGUAAUGUGUGUGCAAAAUGUGUGUGUUAGUGUUAAGCUCAAAAUGAUUAUGAACGUUCUAAACAUGUUUGGCGGAGCACUUGGUGUUGCGAUGUAGUCGUUUAUACAGAUACAUAUUCUAAAGUUCAUUAACAGUACUUUAAUGGCUUAUACGCAAUAAAUGAGAAUUUAACAACGA